CAGACGGCUGGUGUCACACAGAAUAGUAUCCCCCCUGUGUGUCGCCAGUUAGCUCCGUCAACAUGGCCAGUGCGGUGUGUGCUAGAUUCCUCCUCCAAAGAUCAACACACGGGUUUCUCUUCUCCUCCAAGGCAGCGCCCGCUUUCUCCAGCCCGUUUCUGUCUCGUGCACAUAGAUUGGGACCCAGUGAUGAUGAAUUGUACCAACGGACCACGGUGUCCGUCAUGCAGAAGGAGCCAGGCAGCGGGGCCAUGAUCCACAGCUACAGUUCAAGGGGAUUCAACAUCGACGGCAACAAAGUGUUUGGGCCCUGUGCUGUGCUGCCUCCUGCUAUCCUCCAGUGGAACGUUGGCAGUUAUAAAGACAUCACAGAAGAAAGUGUCUCACUGUUCCACAUGCUUGAACCCAGAAUAGAGAUUCUUGUGCUGGGCACAGGAGCACGUGUGGAACGAAUCGACCCCUCAGUCCUCGCUCUACUCAAGCGUAAAGGCAUCGCUGUGGAGGUGCAAGACACGCCAAAUGCAUGUGCAACCUUCAACUUCCUGACCAAUGAGCGAAGAGUGGCAGCCGCUGGUCUGAUCCCUCCGCCCGUCAGCACUGCGCUGGAACUGAAGGAGGAAUAAGUGUUGAGACGUCAACAGCAACUAGGACUGAUUUCUGCAGACGGAGGUCAGAGGUUUAUGAAUGAUCCCUGGCCUGUGGGAUGGUUAUUCCUCCUCUGCACAAAGCUUCCAAAGGAACAAACUCAGUCAUACUGCUCUGAAGAACCACUAUAUUUGGUUGUGACUGCUAUUUUUGGGAUAUGAAGGUGUUAAAAGCAGUCGCUGUCACCUAAUGAUCUGAGCAGGGAGCCAAGAGUUUCAUGUACUGUUGAUGUUGGGUUUUCUGUCACAUCUAUUGCUUUGAAAUCCAGGUGUAGAAGCGAGUGUGAGUGAGUAUGCUUGAGUGCACAUAAAGUGUGUGCAAGGGCUCAGGUGUAGACUAUGUGUUGGAAAUAUACUGUAUAUUUAAAAGCUUUACAUGCAACACAAUAACUAAUGUGUCAUUCAUUAACUGUGUUUUCAUGCAUAGCAUAAAUAUAUAAAACACCUACAUGGAAUAUGUGUUAUUUAAAGACACAAGGAAGAGUUGCUAUUGUCUGUGCAGCAGAUAAAAUGACUCCAUAAGUAGUCUUUGUGUAUGAAUAUGUUCCAGCCCUCUGCCCGAGGUGUUGAUGGUGACUGUCCUUCAUUUGGAUAAGCUUCUUUACUCUGUGCGUCUGUGCCUCCAGCAGCGCUGCCACCUACAAGCUGCCUGUGUGCAGUAUGUGACAUCGUUACAGUGGCUUUGUCCUUCUCACACAUAAGCUCCCAUAGAUAAGAGAAUCCACAAAUCCUCUCCACAUCACUGGGAUUCAUCUCUUAAUCAUCCCUCUCUGUGCCACAUGCCCAGCGUCAGGCUGAAUGUUUAAACCCCCCUCUCGUUCACAUGCAGGGUGCUGAAUGAUCACUUUCAUCUGCUGCUGCUGAGAAGUUGUGGCACAGAUUGGUGCUUAAAGGAGAACACCACCCAAAUAUAAGAAUUUCAAUAUGUUAUUUUCAUGGCCUAAGAAAGUUCAGUCAUUAUUUGUUGAUAUGAGCUUCUCCAUCAAAAGCCAGAUACCAGAGGAGUAAGUCUUAAAUCUGUGAUGUCAUCAGGUAUUAAGCCUGGAGCUGCUCCACAGACAGUGAAUGGGAGCUGAAUUUUGUGUUUUCUUUUUUACACCCAAAUGAGCUUUAUUCUGUUGUGGUCUUGAGUUCUGAAACAAGAAAUGUACCCAUAUACUGAGAACAUUCCCCUGGGUGCUCGCAGUGACAUCUAGAUCAGUGGUUCCCAACUGGUGCAGCCACGGGGUCCAGAAUUCCCCUUAGUCAUUAUUUCAAUGUCCACACAGUUUAAUAUAUUCAGUGUCAUACUUGCAUUUGACCAUGUCCUUGAGCUAGUUUGCUGUCUCUGUUAAGUAGUUGUCUGUUAUUAACUCACUCUACAGCAGGAAUCAGCACUUCAGAAUAAAAGCUCUGUGCCAGAAAUUUACUGUACUUCAAAAUAAA